AUGCAACCAAAUAUAUUCACCACAGCUGCAAGACGGGUCACAAAGCUCACGGACAAGGCCAAAGCGGCACUUGAAGAGAGACUUGAAGCUACCGGCCCAUCAAAGAAGCGCAAGAUUGAUGCGAAGGGCGCAAGUGUGGUCUCCAAGAACUCGAAGAAGGCAAAACAAAACCCUCCCACUGAUAUAUCCAAAGAUAGACCGGUCAUUGGUACAUCCAAAGAUAGGCCAGUUGCUGAGGCCUCUUCACCUCCACCUGAUGUAGGAACAGCGGUGGAGCUGCGUGCAAUUCGCCGUGCCAUUGUUCGCACUGAGGAAGAGGAAAAAGCGUUGUAUGACAAUGCCAUUGUCAUUGAUGAGGAGAGUGAGAAAAGCGGAUGCGAGGCUGGUAACGAGGCUUCAGGUCCAGAGAGUGCUGAGGACGAGCGAACAACAGAGAGGCUCAUGAAAGAAUGGGUAUCACCUGUUUAUGCAUUCUUUGACCCAACUCCCCGCAUCACUGAAGUUGGUGGUCGACGUGCACACGAAUUCAAGUGCCAUGCAAAAGGGUGUAAGGCCACAAUCCGACAGUUCUUGGACAAAAAGGAUGCCUGA